CGAGCUCUGAGAGAGGAGGAUUUCACCGGCGACCAACCGCCAGAUUAAAAAGAUGUCUGAACCCGUAGCAUCGCCAAAUCCAAAAGCGGAGACUGGAGACGGGCUGAAUGUUGAUCUGCUGCCCAUCUCAACGUCAGACUGUCAGACACAACAUGCAGAGAGAUUCUGUGAGAUCUUAGUGAUGGGCGGAGACGUGACAGAGAAGUUACACACAGACUCUGAACAGCCAGAGAAGAUCCGUGCGGUUCCCAUCCACCGGCGUCCCGACCUGCUGGUCCCCUGCGCUGACCUGGUCAACUCCGAGUGGCAGAGGAGCCAGGCCGCCCGCGUUCACUCCCUGCAGAAGUCCUGCGCAGAGUUCCCCGUCUGCCUGGUUCUCCUGCAGGGCCACCGGGAGACGGAGCGGCUGCUCGGCCACGCCAGGCUGUCCCAGGUCGUAGGUCACAGCGGCAGCCUGUUUGUGGAGUCGGUGGUUGUGUCCAAGGCGGAGCGGGGGAAGGGCUACGGCCGGACUCUGAUGGAGGAGACCGAGCGCUACGCCAAAAGCCGAGGGUUCAAGCGCUUGUGCCUGACCACCCACGACAAGCAGCACUUCUAUGCCCACAUCGGCUACGUGCUUUCGACGCCGGUGCAGAACGCAGGCUCCAUGACGGCGUUUGUUCCCAUGGAGAUGCUGCUGAGGUUCUCCAGAAUGCCGAGCGAAGAGGCCCCGAAACCACCACAGCCAACACGAACAGAGACGGAUGCUCAAGUACAUAAAGAGAGCGGAGACUCAGGAGGGGCUUGUGUUGUAGGGUCACCUCCACGUUCCAGUUUACCUCCUCCUCCUCCUACUCCUUCAUCCAUCACUCCAUCACCUCCUCCCUCCAUCCCUUCUGUCCCUCCUCCUCCUCCUGUAUCUGUCCCUCCAUCACCUCCUCCUUCAAACCCUCCUCCUCCUCCUCAGUCUGCAGGGCAGCCGGUGGUUCAGACUCUCACUGAGACUCCCUACAGAGACGCUAAGGGUGUACCCAUCUUUUGGAUGCACAAAGACAUAUGAAGAACACAUACUAAGACACUGAAAACAGAUAUACAAAGCACACACACAACUAUUGAUUACUCAGACACAGAGAAAGAGUGACGGAGGAAAACUCCAGAUACAGAAAUGUGUUAGUAAACCAAAGAAAUACAGAAAACAAGUGUGCAUUUACACAUUCAUACAUUCAGACACACUCAUGCACAGUGUGAAGGCUUUUAUGUGACACACAGUAAGUCCAAAACUGAUUUAUUUUUUUCUCCACAAUUCAACAAUGUAAAACUACAUAUAUCAUACAGCUCUCAAACUCUGAGAUUUGGCAGAUUAUUUAAAAUUACAAUGUUAUACUUUACAACAUGCUUCUUAUUUUUUUAAUCUGGAAUUUUAUCUGAUGAAGAUGGAAGUUAAUUGUCAGAUUAUCUGCUGGUUGGAUGAUAAUUAAAUUAAAUUUGGAUAUAUUUCAACUUUUGUUUUCACUGUAGUUUCCAAAUAAUUGAUUUAGAUACUCAAACUUUUUCUUAAACAAUUAUAAUUCACUUUAUUGAAAAUUGUUACAAGUGGGAAUGCAUUGAUGUUUGAUCUCUAUGCUGGAGCUCUAGUGACUAAAAUAAAAUCAUUGGUUUAAAUUUCAUUGGGUGGAGGCAAAAAAAAAACCCAAAAAACAAAAUUUGUAAGUAAGCAAACAGUUAAAUUAGGAAAUAAUACCCACCAAUUUUGCACUCUAUAAUGUAUGUAGAAAACAAAAUGAAUUUGGAUGAAUAUGUGUCCUUUGAACAACUCAGAAGUCAAAAUUCAGUCAUUAUCUGCUGCUAUUUUUGAAUUAUGUGACAUUGUGAUGUUGUGCCUUGAUGAACUGCCAGAGAACUGAAGCCUUAUUCAAGUUUGGACCAUAUUUUAAUAUUGAUGAA